GAAACAUCUAAACAGCACUUUUUGCCACCAUUACAGCAGGAAUUACCUUUUUACAGUGAGUACCAUGACCAUAAACUGAACCCUGAGCAUUCAACAAAUGGAAAUGUUAAGAACAUUAAGUAUAUUACCGCAGGCAAACAAGUAUCUCCUGAAGCACAUCUUUCGCCCUGUACAGAUAGAUGA